ACAGCAGGCUCCGUGGCAUGCUCAGGAGAGUGGGACCGUCUCUGCGUCACUUCUUGCUGGAGAUGAAGAGCAGCGCUGGAUAUAGCUCGUACUCCAAGGCAAAAAUGUCAAGGCCAGUGCAAGCUCGGAGGCUGGAGGGAAUAGAUAAGAAUAUCUGGGUGGAGUUUGUAAAACUGGCUGCCACCUACUCCACAGUGAACCUGGGCCAGGGCUUCCCUGACUUCCCCCCACCGGACUUUCUGAAGGAGGCGUUCAUGAGAGCCCUCAGCGGGGAGAACCACAUGCUGCACCAGUACACCCGUGCCUUCGGACACCUGCCUUUGGUGAAGAUCCUAGCCCAGUUUCUUGGGAAGCUGCUUGGACGAGAUGUGGAUCCUAUGACCAAUGUGAUGGUGACUGUGGGGGCAUACCAGGCUCUUUUCUGCUGCUUCCAGGCUUUCGUUGAUGAAGGUGAUGAGGUGAUAAUCAUUGAGCCCUUCUUCGACUGCUAUGAGGUGAUGGUGAAAAUGGCUGGUGGGCUGCCCGUGUUUGUCCCUCUGAGACCGAAAUUUCCAAAAGAUGGAAAAUUGAUGUCUAGUGCAGACUGGCAGCUGGACCCAGAUGAACUGGCUUCUAAAUUCAGUGAACGGACAAAAGCCAUCAUCCUGAACUCACCCAACAACCCUCUGGGCAAGGUAUUCAGCCAAGGGGAGCUGGAGCUUAUUGCAGAUCUGUGUGUGAAGCACGACGUCCUGUGCAUCAGCGAUGAAGUGUACGAGUGGCUGGUCUACGAUGGGAAGGAGCACAUCCGCAUCGCCAGCUUGCGAGGGAUGUGGGACCGCACGGUGACCAUCGGGAGUGCUGGGAAGACCUUCAGUGCCACUGGAUGGAAGGUGGGCUGGACCGUGGGACCCAACCGGCUACUGCAGCACCUCCGUACCGUGCACCAAAACUCCGUGUACCACUGUGCCACAGUUGCCCAGGAGGCUGUGGCUCAGAGUUUCCAGAGGGAGCUUGAGCUCUUCGGGAAACCAGAAAGCUACUUUGUCCAGCUGCCUAAGGAGCUGCAGCAGAAGAGAGACUGGCUGGUCCAGAGGAUGGAUGCUGUGGGGAUGAAACCCAUCGUCCCUGAGGGCACCUACUUCUUGGUGGCAGACAUCUCUGAGUUCAAAUCCGAUGUCACUGAUGUCCCCGACUCUGACGAGCCCUAUGACUCCAGGUUUGCAAAAUGGAUGGUCAAGAACAAGGGGCUUGCCACCAUCCCGCUCUCCUCUUUCUACUGUGGGGCCCACAAGAACAAGUACAACCAUUUCAUCCGGUUCUGCUUCGCAAAGGAGGAGGCCACACUGAAGGCAGCAAAUGACAUACUGCAAAAAUGGAAACAGGAGAAAACCAGUCCCUGA